GCAAAUUCGAGGGCAGAGGAAGCAGCAGGGCGGUCUCGCAGCCCUCGCCUUGCAAGGGGGCGCAUCCAGCCUCGCAGCCUCCCAGGGCCCAACCCACAGCCAGCGAGCUCCGAUGCUCAGAGAGGCAGGAAACGGGGCCAGCCAGGGGGACUCGAGAUCGGCUGCACUUUCCUGUCCCCCGCCGAGGAGAGCGGAGGAGCAGCGGCCCGUGGCCUGGCGAGUUUCCCCGGAGAGGAGCCGGAUUCCGGUGCAGGGACGGAGCGAGGAGUCCGAGGUGCGGGAGGCGGGGGGGAGGGGGAGGAGAGCACGUACGCCUCGCCUGGCAGGAUCAGGCCCCGAGUCCAGCCAGAGGCUGCAGGGCGCCCCCCAACCGGGCAGGAAGGGGAAGGGGCGCAGCUGAGGGGCAGGGCAUCUGCAGGAGGGCGCAGGGGCAAACAUCUCUGGCUCAGGCUGGCACGGACCCUGCCGGAGACCCUGGGGAGCUGCUCCCUUCAGUCCUGAGCUCAAGGGGCAGAAUGAGGGGUCCAAGGCAGCUGCUGCUUCGCGAUGGACGAUGCAUAUAGUCGUCCCAUGAUCAGCGGCGUCGUUGGGGCUUUUGCCUCCCGGGGCGGUCACUGAGUCUGCCGCCCCUCACCAGGGAGCCCCGUCCUCCCUCCGCCCCGACUGUCCUUCCCUCUCGCCUGCUUCUGCCUCCCUGCGGGGGCUGCAAGGGCGAUGAGUGGGUUCCAGGGGCCGCAGCACAGGCACAAGCUCACGCUCUCCCACCGGCGGAGAGGGAAGGGGCGGCAGGGGGGAAUGGAAGAGCAGUGCAACAGGGAGGUGUCCCUCUCACCCUGCAGCCCCCUGACACCCUUUGCAGGCCACUACUCCUGCCCCCCCCUUCCUCUGCCAGUGCCAUUGAUAAACCUAUCGCCCUCCUUGGUGAAUUGGUCUGAUCGCCUUUGAAAGCUCUCUUUGCCACCACCAUCACCGCAUCUUGUGGCAAUGAUGUCCAUCCAAUUCAUUUAGCAAGGAAAUGGUUUCUUUUGUCAGCCCCAAAUCAAGGUACACUGUGCCUACACAUGGAGGUUCUGUUGAUCUGUCAAGGCUAAUAAAACAGCUAAUAGAGCUAUUCCCUGGAGAAUGCAUAGGAUAUUUUCCCAAGCUGUCAAAGCUAGUGACCUCUUGUGUCUGCGUGUAAAUAAGUGAGAGAGCCUUAACCCUGUUUUGUUAAACGUUUUAUCUUCCUCCUUCUUCAGUAACACAGCUGAGUUUUCAGAUGAAUGCUGAGGGUUGAAGUGAGUGCCAGUUUUGAGAAUGCAGGGGAAAGGAGGAUUCUUAAGAAGUGUGGCAUAUGGAAAUGAAUUAAUGAUAAUAAAUACAUUGAAGACAGUAUUGUAGAAGACUGAGGAAGGCGAGAUUGAAAUUAGCUAUUCAUGUUCAGAUUAUUACUCCUUUCAUUUCUAUACUGCUUCAUAUUUUUAAGGGAAAGAAUCUCAAAGCAAUUAAAGUGAAAUCUCAUUGCAGUUUGUGUCCAUAGGAUGUUGAGAACAUUAAAUCUGUAGAUUCAGGAGUUCUCUCCUCCUGAUAGUCUCAGAUUUGAUUGUUCUUUCCUAUAGAGCAGGAGGAACGAAUCAUUUAUGGGUUUAAAGCUGCAUUGCUUCUGGAGGCCACAUUCCAGUGAACUCUGUGGCCAAUGUAUGCACAUGCAUGCGCACACAGAAAAGAGAUGCAGACCAUAAAGUCACAUGCACACACGCCAGAGGUGCUGCCCACACUCACCAGACAUGCCAUCUAGCAUACAUACAAGUCUUGCAAACACAAACAACAUGUUUAGACCUUCCAACCCCAGUGCUGGGCUGGAGGAGAAAUAAGAGCACAAGAAGACCCUGCUGAAUUAGCAAGGAGAUCUGUGGAAAAAAGACCCUUCAGAUUGUUCUUUAGAAAUCCUCUUUAAAGAGCAGCCAGAGGGAUCAUGUAUUUCCAGAUCACGGCUUUUACCCCAUUUCAGCACUGUGCUGGUUUGUGCUGAAAUUGGAGUUGAAAAGAUCUCUCUAAGGGCCCCUUAGGCAUCUUUCUCUCCAGGACAGACAGAGAUCUUCAUCCAGUGAUCAGAUCAGGAGAUGGAAAAGGCAGGGACUAGCAGGACACACCCUGAGGCUUGGCAAGCCAUAUGCAGCCAAUGGACUGCAAGUUAGAGUGUCUUCAGUCAAGAGAGUUUGUGGCCAUCAAAUUUAAAAUAUUUUGGAGUGAGUUCUUUGAUUUUGUUGGUCAGUAUUCCUUUAGUCAGUUUCUUAGGCUGUGCAGAUCCCAUACAUUUAAAGCACGUGGCUUCCCCCAGAGAACCACAGGAUCUGUAGUUUAUUGCUAAAGUUCUCAACACCCCUAACAAACUGCAGCUCGCAGGAUUUCUUGGGUGAAGCCAUGUACAGUGGUGCCUCGCAAGAUGAAAUUAAUCCGUUCUGCGAGUCUCUUCGUCUUGCGGUUUUUUCGUCUUGCCAAGCAUGGCUAUUAGCGGCUUAGCGGCUUUAGGAAAAAGGAAACAAACUCGCAAGAACUCGCAAGACGUUUUCGUCUUGAGAAGCAAGCCCAUAGGGAAAUUCGUCUUGCGAAGCACCUCAAAAAACGAAAAACUCUUUCGUCUAGCGAGUUUUUCGUCUAGCGAGUUUUUCGUCUUGUGAGGCAUUCGUCUUGCGGGGCACCACUGUACUUUCAAUGUUAGGUGGGUCUGUUGCAGCCUUAAUCAUAUACAAAGACCUGUUGCUGCCUUUCCAACAUGCUAGAAGCUGCAGCCAGGAUCAGCAUUCCCUGUCCACUGAACAUGCUCAGUCCUCUCACUGGGUUGUUUUUGGAUUUCCUUCCACUGCCUUGGUUCCCCCCCCCCCCCAAAUAUUAUUUGUACUUCCAUAAACCUUGAUGUUUUCCCCAGUCUUUGGAUAACUUCCCCUCGUCCCUGGGUGGAGCCGUUUGGGUGACAUAAUGAUUGUCAUUCACAUCCUGAACAUCAGAAAUAGAAAGAGUAAUAAUAUAUUUCAAAAACUGGCUAAUGGUUAAAAUUCAAAGGGAGAGACUAGAGUGCAAAGGAAAGAAACCUCCUGCCGGCCAAGUUGGGACCAUCAGGGAUCUUCUGCCUCGGGCAGAUUUAUGUCAAAUUAAGCAGGAGGCAGAGGAGGGGCAGCCGCAGCAGCACUGGGAUGCCCAGAAGCAGGAUUUCCUGAAGACGAUGCAGCCCCCUCGUUCAGGGUGGGAAACCCCACAGGCUCCCAGUUCUCACCACUCUGGGGAUGGUGUCCUCUCCUUCAGGGGAGCUGCGGAUGCCAGUCGGUGGCCCAGUGGGAGAGCAGGGGGGACAGACCAGACCCUGCUCCCAGACACUGAGGGGCUUCUUGGAAAGGUAAGUGCCCUCCUCUCACCUGGGUUUCCAGCACCUGGAGGUCACAGGUCCAGUGCCUCUAGACAUGGAGGUUCUGUUUAGCUAUGGUGGUGAAUAUUCCUCCUCCCUGCACUUUCUCUCUAAUCCACUUUAAAAAGGCUUUCUGGACCAAAACUUACAUGGGAGGUUUGCGAUCAUAUCUCCUGCUAUUCUUACUUUACUUAAACAACUGCAGGGGACUCUGAAUUUUAUCAGAGCAGAAGCUGUGUCAGAAGAGGGGUCCUUCCACCAAACCCCGUUUUCCUCCUCUAAAUUGCCUCCAUUUCCAAAAUGCUCUUUUCUCCCCACUGAGGUAAAAAUCUUGGCACGUCUUGCAGACUCAGCAAUCCCAUGUUUAGUCGCAUUAAAUAAGACUGGCCCAUCUUGCAAGGUUGUUGCAAGAUUUAUUAAGAUAAUGGCCAGAUUCAGAUGACUGAAUCACAGCCUGAAAAGCCGGGUUAAAAAUAGGAACAGUUUUUAAUGCAUUGCUGCAGCAAAGUUACAAUAAAACCUAAGUUGACCCAAGUUUAAAACCAAAAACUCUAGCCACCACCGCAGUCUCCUGGCCCCCACAACCAGAAUGCAUCACUCCAGGAACGACCCCCACCCAACCUUUAGUGAGAGAGGGCAAAAGAAAAGGACUCUGCAUGGGUAGUUGCACAAAUUUACCAGCUGUGGUCCUGUACUGACAGCAAGGCUAACAAACAGGGGAGCUGGGAAUGUGCUGGUCCCGUAUCUCCCUGCAUCUGCCUCCUGACCUAAUUGUCCCAGCUUAUCUCAUGAUUGGGCCAGCCCUGAUGGGGAACUGUGAUGAAACCAGGCAGUCUCUUAUAAGCCAUAACUAGCAAACUUUCCAUUUUGCCCAAACCAGGAAACUACAGCUGCCAGCUUUGGAACAAGCUGAGAGAUUAAUCUAACUUCAAACUGUGCUUGCUCAAAACAGGAAACUCUGGUUGAUCAGUGGCUUCGUGCUUUGACUGAUCCCACUGAUAGCAGUAAAAAUAGGAAGCCCUGUUGCGUUCAAAGGGGUUGUUUGGACAGAGUCUCUGAUCAGCAUGCCUAGCAGGACAGGCUUAAAAAGGUAAAGGGACCCCUGACCAUUAGGUCCAGUCGUGACCGACUCUUGGGAUGAGGCGCUCAUCUCGCCUUAUUGGCCGAGGGAGCCGGUGUACACCUUCCGGGUCAUGUGGCCAGCAUGAGUAAGCAGCUUCUUGCGAACCAGAGCAGUGCAUGGGAACGCCCUUUAUCUUCCUGCCGGAGCUGUACCUAUUUAUCUAUUUGCACUUUGAUGUGCUUUCGAACUGCUAGGUUGGCAGGAGCAGGGACCGAGCAACGGGAGCUCACCCUGUCGCGGGGAUUCGAACCGCCAACCUUCUGAUCGGCAAGUCCUAGGCUCUGUGGUUUAACCCACAGCGCCACCCGAGUCCCAGGACGGGCUUAGGAAGCAAUUAUUAUUAUUAUUAUUAUUAUUAUUUGCAUCCUGCCUAUCUGACUGGGUUGCCUCUGCCCAUCUGGGUAGCUUCCAACAAAAUAAAAACCAUCAAAAAUUUCCUUGUAAAAGGCUGCCUUCGGAAGUCUUCCAUUUUGUAGAAAUGGCCUUCGGUUUUAAAGAAUUGCCGUCUUUAAGGAAUCACUUGGUGUAAACAUGUAUGUCGUCCUCUACGUCCAAACACACACAGACAAACAUAGUGGGAGCAAGCAGUGCUCUAAAGUGCUUAUCUUGCGAACUUAUCUAAAGUGCUUAUCUUGCAAACUUGCCAUCUAGGUUGUUUACUCCUGACCAAAGUUCCUGUUUCCCAAAAGGAGAGGAGGGGGAGCAGUGGAGGAAACGGAUGGGUUUGAAGCCUCUUUCCACCAGCCGCCUCUCUCCCCUGAUGAACAAGAGCAAAGGGUGUUUGCAGGGCAGGAGGACAGAGGAGGCGGCAGCGAGGGCAGAGGGAGCAGUGGGCGGAUCCACCGCCUCUCCCAGGGGGUCCUGAUGCAAGCAAGGGGCUUCUUUCUUCUCCAUGCAAGGGCCACCCAUGUAUUCAGAGCAGUUCUUUGCAGAUUAACUCUUAACUUCCAAGGGAUCUACUCUCAGGCCGCUAAUGUGCAUACCGUCCCAGCCUUAGGAAGGGAGGUGGGACAGGCAGGUGAAAGGAAUUGCCAAAGGUGUUUCAAAAUGGGUGGGGGCUCUUGGGGAAGGGGGUGCCCAAUUGGGGCUUCUUCAGGGGGAGCAGAAUGUCUUGGGCAGGAGAAUCCCUGCAGGGGCUCUGAGACUCCCUUGGCUUCUUCUUCCCUCCCUCCCAGGAAGCUGCAACUGGCUCUGGAUUCUGCGCUCCUCAGGAAGCUGAACCUGCAAACCUAGCUGAGACAGAACCUGCAACCCUGGCCAGGAUGGAAGGAGGAAGAUGGAUGGGUGACCUGGUCAGGCUGUCUCCCGCAUCCCUCCCCACAACCUCUGAGCAUUCCCUCCCAGGACCCUUGGAGAAAUCUGGUGAGUUCCAGGGGAGAGGAGAUGGGGACAGGGAUAGAUGGAUAGAUGGAUGGUGCAGGGAGAAAGGUGAAAAGAUGGAGAGGAGACAAAUGGAAGGAGGUUCCUGAACGUAAGAAGGAAGGGGUGAGCUUUUCUUCCUCCAGGCUUUUAAAGCAGCUUUUCUUCCUCCAGGCUUUUAAAUCUUAGAUGUUAUUUCCCCAGCAGGAAUAUUGAUGAUAAUGAUGUGGCACACCAAUCCUGAAAAACGGGUGAAGGGGAAUGGAAAUGCUUCCCAUAAUUAUUUAUAAUUAAUCUAUUACCCUUAUUUUUUAUAGACAGGGUCAGAGUGAUACAUUCCACCAGCAUCAAAAUAAAUGCAUGCAGCUUCCCAGUUUGGUGGACUUAAGGGACAAAGGACCCGUUAUCAUGAUACAUAAUUCCUGUGGCUGGAGGCUCUACACUUAGGAUUGGACAUAUAAAGUCCAAGAGCGUCUGGUAUUAGAAGCAAAUUGUGUAAACUUGCCAAUCUUACAGACUGGGGUUGUUUGUGAGAGUGAGUGAGUGGGAUAAUAAUUUCUAGCACCCCUGUAAUUUUCUCCGUUCCUAAGCUUCUAUGGGUGGGACGCGGGUGGUGGUGGGACGCGGGUGGCGCUGUUGGUAAAACCUCAGCGAUUAGGGCUUGCUGAUCGCAUGGUCGGCGGUUCGAAUCCCCGCGGCGGGGUGAGCUCCCGUCUUUCGGUCCCAGCUCCUGCCCACCUAGCAGUUCGAAAGCAGCCCUAAGUGCCAGUAGAUAAAUAGGUACCGCUUUAUAGCGGGAAGGGAAAUGGCGUUUCCGUGUGCUGCGCUGGUGCCGGCUCGCCACGGCAGCUUUGUCACGCUGGCCACCUGACCCGGAAGUGUCUCCGGACAGCGCUGGCCCCCGGCCUCUUAAGUGAGAUGGGCGCACAACCCUAGAGUCGGACACGACUGGCCCGUACGGGCAGAGUUACCUUUACCUUUACCUUUAAGCUUCUAUGGAGAUACUGUGGUACAACCUUGGUACAAAUUUCAAAAUAAGUACACCAAGCCAACAAAGAGACUCAGAGGUUUAUAGUGGCACCAGGUAAAGGUAAAGGGACCCCUGACCAUUAGGUCCAGUUGUGACUGACUCUGGGGUUGUGGCGCUCAUCUCGCUUUACUGCCUGAGGGGGCCGGCGUACAGCUUCCGGGUCAUGUGGCCAGCAUGACUAAGCCACUUCUGGUGAACCAGAGCAGCGCACAGAAACGCCGUUUACCUUCCCGCCGGAGCGGUACCUAUUUAUCUACUUGCACUUUGACAUGCUUUCAAACUGCUAGGUUGGCAGCAGCAGGGACCGAGCAACGGGAGCUCACCCUGUCACGGGGAUUCGAACUGCCAACCUUCUGAUCGGCAAGCCGUGGCUCUGGUUUAGACCACAGCGCCACCCGCGUCCCUUUAAGUUCCUUUAGAGAGAUCCUUUAACUCCAAUCUCAGCAGGAAUCAGCACAGUGCUGAGAUGGGAUAGGAGUCCUGAUUUGGAGAUAAAUGAUCCCUCUGGCUGCUCUUUAAAGAGGGUUUCUAAAGAACAAUCAGAAGGGUCUUUUUUCAUGGAUCUCAUUGCUAAUUCAGCAGGGUCUUCUUGUGCUCUUAUUUUUCCCCACCCCAGCACUGGGGAUGGAAGGUCUAAACAUGCUGGUUCAUAGCUGUCAACUUUCAGAUUUGAAAAUAAGGGACCAGCAGCCUCACCUGUCCCCACGCCCCUGUGGCAAAACGUAUCCUACUCAAAAUUCCACUUUGUCAGACUGCAGCCCACAAAACAUUUAUCAGCUUUUAAGGGCUGCAAAGAUGAAUCAACAGUAGCAUAGUUCAUCUAUGGAAUCCAUCCUACAGGAGACAGUGACAGCCAGCAACUUGGAUAGCUUGAAAAAAAGGAUAAGACUGACGUCUCUGCUCUGCCCUCGCGGUCCUAGGCAAUAAUGCUUCUUGAUACUAUUUUCUGGAAAGCACAGGAAGGCAGAGAAGACUCUUGUGCUCCAAUCCUGCUUGCCGGUUUCCCACAGGCAUCUGGUUGGCCUCUGUGAGAAGAGGAUGCUGGACUAGGUGGGCCUUUGCCUGAUCCAGCAGGCUCUUCUUAGGUUCCAAUAUAUUGCAAUAUUUUUACAGUUACAUGUAGCACUUAACUUAUUUCACAAUGGAGACACUGUUACUUGAGCCUGAGAUCAUUUCCUCACUUGAAAAGGAAAAAUACAGAGAUGUGUCUAAUAAGCCAAUUCCACCAUAGAUUUGUAUUAUAAAAUGAUGGUGCUUUAUUAAGUGUGAAUGCAGUGAUCAUGUGUUGCUCUUGCCAUUAUCUCAUCUGCUUUCCAAAAAAUUUGGAACAUAGAGAGGACAGUGGAGAAUGGAGACUGUGUGAAAAUGAGAGAAGAUGCAGAUUGGGAUUGACAGGUGUUCAAUUCCCUUUUUGUCUUUCCUGAAAGUCUAACAGGAUUCUCUUUCCUCCCAGACUCCCAAACAGGUGAGGAAGAUGAAGGUCAGACUUCUAUGGAGCCACAUGUGAAUUUAUUGGGAAGACGAAAGAAACUGAGGAUACAACAACAAACUCACAAAGGAGAGAUACUAUUUGAAUGUAUGAAGUGUGGAACGAGCUUUAGUCAUAGUCAAGCACUUAGAAUACAUCAACGAACUCACACGGGUGAGAAACCAUUUAAAUGUAUGGAGUGCGGUAAGAGCUUCAAUCAAAGUGGACAUCUUAGAAUACAUCAACGAACUCACAUGGGUGAGAAACCAUUUAAAUGUAUGGAGUGCGGUAAGAGCUUCAAUCAAAGUGGACAUCUUAGAAUACAUCAACGAACUCACACGGGUGAGAAACCAUUUAAAUGUAUGGAGUGCGGUAAGAGCUUCAGUCAAAGUGGAUAUCUUAGAAUACAUCAACGAACUCACACGGGUGAGAAAUCAUUUAAAUGUAUGGAGUGCGGUAAGAGCUUCAGUCAAAGUGAGGAACUUAGAAGACACCAACAAACUCACACAGGGGAGAAACCAUUUAAUUGUAUGGAGUGCGGUAAGAGCUUCAGUCAAAGUGGACAUCUUAGAAUACAUCAACGAACUCACACGGGGGAGAAACCAUUUAAAUGUAUGGAGUGCGGUAAGAGCUUCAGUCAAAGUGGAUAUCUUAGAAUACAUCAACGAACUCACACGGGUGAGAAAUCGUUUAAAUGUAUGGAGUGCGGUAAGAGCUUCAGUCAAAGUGAGGAACUUAGAAGACACCAACAAACUCACACAGGGGAGAAACCAUUUAAUUGUAUGGAGUGCGGUAAGAGCUUCAGUGAAAGUGGAUAUCUUAGAAUACAUCAACGAACUCACACAGGGGAGAAACCAUUUAAAUGUAUUGAAUGUAGAAAGAUCUUCAGUGAAAGUGGGAAACUUAGAAUACAUCAACGAACUCACACGGGGGAGAAACCAUUUAAAUGUAUGGAGUGCGGUAAGAGCUUCAGUAUGAAUGGAGAACUUACAAUACAUCAACGAACUCACACGGGUGAGAAACCAUUUAAAUGUAUGGAGUGCGGUAAGAGCUUCAGUCAAAGUGGACAUCUUAGAAUACAUCAACGAACUCACACGGGGGAGAAACCAUUUAAAUGUAUGGAGUGUGGUAAGAGCUUCAGUGAAAGUGGGAAACUUAGAAUACAUCAACGAACUCACACGGGGGAGAAACCAUUUAAAUGUAUGGAGUGCGGUAAGAGCUUCAGUCAAAGUGGAUAUCUUAGAAUACAUCAACGAACUCACACGGGUGAGAAACCAUUUAAAUGUAUGGAGUGCGCUAAGAGCUUCAGUCAAAGUGAGGAACUUAGAAGACACCAACGAACUCACACAGGGGAGAAACCAUUUAAUUGUAUGGAGUGCGGUAAGAGCUUCAGUGAAAGUGGAUAUCUUAGAAUACAUCAACGAACUCACACGGGGGAGAAACCAUUUAAAUGUAUUGAAUGUAGAAAGAUCUUCAGUGAAAGUGGGAAACUUAGAAUACAUCAACGAACUCACACGGGGGAGAAACCAUUUAAAUGUAUGGAGUGCGGUAAGAGCUUCAGUCAAAGUGGACAUCUUAGAAUACAUCAACGAACUCACACGGGUGAGAAACCAUUUAAAUGUAUGGAGUGCGGUAAGAGCUUCAGUCAAAGUGGACAUCUUAGAAUACAUCAACGAACUCACACGGGGGAGAAACCAUUUAAAUGUAUGGAGUGCGGUAAGAGCUUCAGUGAAAGUGGGAAACUUAGAAUACACCAACGAACUCACACAGGGGAGAAACCAUUUAAUUGUAUGGAGUGCGGUAAGAGCUUCAGUACGAAUGGAGAACUUACAAUACAUCAACGAACUCACACGGGUGAGAAACCAUUUAAAUGUAUGGAGUGCGGUAAGAGCUUCAGUCAAAGUGGACAUCUUAGAAUACAUCAAUGCCUAUACCAGAAAAUGUUGGCUGGAAUUAAUUAGUGUGGCAAAAGCAAAAGAUCAGACACUAUUCUGGAAACUGGUAGCUUCUGGCACCCAUAAAUCUUUUCCCCCCUUAACCUCACAAAGAUUGGUCUCAUUCUUCCAAUCUUUAUACGAGGACGCUGAACCUCCACUAUGGAAUUAUAAUAUAGAACAACUGGCUAAAUGGCCUCCAGUUUCAAUAACUGAAGUGAAAUCAUAUAUAAACCAACUGAAAACGGUCAAAGUCCCAGGCUCAGAUGGCAUUACACCAGAAGUGAUAAAAGCACAGGUGGAUUGGUGGGCACCUUUCUUAGCCAACCUCUUCACUUACAUAGAUGACACUGGCCGCAUCCCAAGGGAAUGGGGAACAGCCAUAAUAGUCCCAAUCUAUAAAAAGGGCAACAGAGGGAACCCAGCAAAUUAUAGGCCGAUUAGCUUAUUAAGUGUGAUUAGUAAACUCUACUCAAAGCACCUCCUUAAUAAGUUUACAGAAUGGCCAGAGAAUGAAGAUAUUCUGGCAAUAGAACAAGCGGGCUUCAGACCCGGAAGGUCCAUGAUAGAUCAUUGUCUAACGUUACAACAUCUCAUCGACAAAUACAAAUCAGGAGGGCAGGCCUCACUAUACGUGGCCUUCGUCGACCUAAAAGCAGCAUUUGAUACAGUCUCCAGAACCAGACUCUGGGACAGACUACAGGGUACCAAUAUAGAUAGAAGGCUCCUGCUCCUAAUUCAGGCACUGCACGCAAACAUGGCUCUUAGAGUCAGGUGCUGCCGCCUAGGACACCUAACGGACCCAAUAAAAACCUUCAAAGGAGUCAGGCAAGGGCGCCUAUUGGCCCCUCUACUAUUUGAUUUCUAUCUAAAUAACUUAGUAUCUGCACUCAAUGACUCAGAACUCCACCCCCCCCCCCCGAAGCUUGCAAAUCGGCAUAUUUCGGUCCUGCUAUAUGCCGAUGAUGCGGUAAUUCUAUCUAGAACCCCAUUGGACUCAAAAGAGCACUAAGAAAGCUCGCAGCAUACUGCGAAUCUGAACGUCUCAAAAUCAACUAUCAAAAGACCAAGAUACUCGCUUUUGGGGGAAAACCAAAGCUUAGAAGCUGGGAACUCCAAGGCCAUAAAUUAGAACAAGUCACAAACUACAAGUAUCUAGGAAUGGUGGUACAGGCCUCAGGAACCAACAAAUUACACAUAAACUCCACCGGGAGUUCAGUGGAAAAAAACGCAAAUUGUAUCCUUAAAUUCUUCAGAGCACAAGGGGGCUUCUUUGUCCCUGCAGCUCUAAAAUUAUACAAGGCCAAAACUUUGGCACAACUCCUCUAUGGUUCCUUUUUGGACCCGCCUUCCUCUGCUUUCUCCCCACUUGAGAGAGUUCAAUCCAGACUUCUUAGAGCUCUCUUCCAGGUCCCCAGAUGUGUCUCAAACACAUGGGUUAGAUUGGAAACGGGGAUGAUGAGAGUGGAGGCUAGCAUCUGCCUAACAUCAAUUUACAAAUGGCUGACAUUGAACCUGGAUGGUCGCCAGAUUCUGUCUACAGAUCUGUAGGCGCAGACCAUCGCCCAACUCAAAAUAGUCCAGCAUGAAAAGCCCCAAACACGGUUCCAUGGGUGAUUCUGAGUCAACUCCCUGGGACAGUUUAUUGUUGUACAUUGUUUCUAGAUUUCGUGUUGUAUAUUGUUUUAACUGUCUGUUUUAACCAUAUUUGCACAGCAGUUUUUAACGUUGUGAGUGUCCUCUAUUUAAGAGGCUUCUACUCUGUAGCCUCUUAUAGUUGUCUUAUCUGCAAGUCUUUGUCGGUUUUUAGCUCUCAUCUGUUUUAAUUAUUACUUUUUAAUCCAUCCAUUAUCUGUGUUUAAUCUUGUAUUUUAUUCGGAUGUUUUAUGCCUGUUUCCUUGUCCUCAUUUGCCCUAACAAUUACACUGGGCAACAAUUUUUUACUUUUUAUAAUGUUGUCUAGAUUUCUACAACUGAUUUAGGGUGUUUUUGCACUGCUGAAUCAGGAAAUGGCAUCCGUUUCCCUCCAUCAGGUCAGGUUUUUGUGCUAUGUUGAUUUGAAAAAAAUCAGAUCUUGUGACAAAAUCAAUUACAUUUUUGUGGCAUUAUCAGCUGAUUUUUGUCAACACAUAUCAUCCUAAAUAUGUUUUUAAGAGAUAAAAAUGUUUUUCCAACAACAUAUAUUGAUUACCUGAUAGAAACAUCGAUUGCUGUAAACUGAAUGGUGGGCAUUGAUAAAGGUAAAAAGGUAAAGGUACCCCUGCCCGUACGGGCCAGUCUUGACAGACUCUAGGGUUGUGUGCUCAUCUCACUCUAUAGGCUGGGAGCCAGCGCUGUCCACAGACACUUCCGGGUCACGUGGCCAGCGUGACGAAGCUGCUCUGGCGAGCCAGAGCCGCACACGGAAACGCUGUUUACCUUCCCGCUAGUAAGCGGUCCCUAUUUAUCUACUUGCACUUGGGGGUGCUUUCGAACUGCUAGGUUGGCAGUACACGUAAAUUGCAUGUUGCUUCACCAUUUUUCAAACUUCGGGGCUUGAACUUCUUUUUCUUGGAACUCCUGGGAUGCUCAGCGGCAGGGAGGUAUCUCUUCAGAGUCCAACAGUAGUCAGCCAUCAUGACUGCGUCCCAGCGUCCCUGAUACCUGGUCUCCAUCUCUUUCAUCUCCUGAUGGAAUCUCUCCCCCUGCUCGUCACUCAUUGAACCCAGGUUAUCAGGAAACCGGUCCAUAUGUGAAAAUAGGUAGUGCAUCUUGACGCUCAUGUUGCAGCCCAGGUUUCUGAAAGCAGUCAGCAUGUUGUUGACAAGUUCUGCGCAGUUUCUGGCCUUAUUGUUGCCAAAAAAGUUCUUCACUACCAGAACAAAUGCCUUCCACGCUUCCAGUUCCACUUGAGUUCCAGUUGAGUUUUCAGGUCUUCCACUGCCAAAAUGAUGGGCUGCCCUUAUCUUGUAGAUCAGCAUUCCAGGCACUCAUUACGUGAACUUUGCAUAAUCUAUUGAAGACCUUUUUACUGAUAGCAUUUUCCAGCUGAAUGAAAGGUCCAUGUGGUUUUGCUUUUAAAACUCAUCUCCUAUUUUCUGUGCUCUUGUGUUCCUGUUUUGAGCUGUUUUUAUUAAAUAUUUUCUGCAUUGGCUUUUGAUCUGUGGAAGGUGACCAGUGAGGGUGUUUUUUUUGUGUUUCUUAGUUCACAGAAAUGUUUUAAAGGAAUGUGUGAAAGAAUUACGGCUAGGGGAGAUUAAUGAAAGGGACUGAGGAGUGAAGUGAAGAUGGCUGUCAAGUCUCUGAACAGAGAUCCACAACCUAAGGGCCGCGGGCUAGUUCCGGUCCAAAUGGGGUUCGGAUCCGGCCCGCAGAUGGCCCAGAAAUCGCCUCAUGGUUCUGAUUCAUAUAGUUUGGGCUGGACCAUUUUUUCCUCUCUUCCUGACCGCGGCACCCCUCCCUCCCUUCUUCUGGCUUCUCCCCCACCCUUCGGAGGAAGGGGGCUAGCCUAUGAUUGGUGCCAGCUGCAUUGUUUCCCUCUGAUUGGUUGCAAAGUUCUUUCCUCCCUCCUCCCUCCCUCCUCCUAGAGCCUAGGGCCUGGGCUUUGUUUGUGCCAGCGUGAUUACUCGAUGGCUGCCAUUUAAGGCAGCCCCUCUCCGGCCCUCAACUGGCUCACUGCUCCUGCCGCUGCAGCCAGCAAGUGGUUCUGUUCUGAGACACCCUCCCAGGGUUCUGGGGUGUAUGAAGCCUUGUUUACCUGUUUUUAACUCUGCUUCCGAAAGCGUCUCCCCUCCAAUACAGGAGAGCGGAGAACAUGCAUAAGGAGCGGCAUAAGGAACCGCUCGCUGCAGAAGGAUGCGUGUUCUCCGCAUUCCCAUCUUGGAGGGGGAGACGCUUUUGGUAAUGGAGUUAAAAACAGGGAAACAAGGCUUCGCAUACCCCAGAACCCUGGGAGGGUGUCUCAGAACGGAACAGAUAUACUGCAGUGCAGAACUGGGACCUCUGGAACUUUAUUAUUGUUUUUUGGUGCAAUCUUUGGAGUAUGGAGUAUAAGGAGUAUAAGGAGUAUGAAAAAAACGGGGUAUUAACAGUCAAAAGUUAAUGUAACACAUUAUUUCAAGAUUAAAGAUUAGGAUAAACAAAGAGGGGAAGGAUUUGCUGAACUAACAAAUUGAACUGGAAUACAAAAAGGGAGGUGCGAGGACGUCCGGGAAAUAAGCAAAUGAAAGAAAGUGAUGGAAAGAUGGAAUUGUUCUCUAUCUAUUUUUAUUUUGUAUUUUUAUUUUUUAUUUUUUCAUUUUGCAAAAUUCUAAUAAAUAUCUGUUAAAAAAAAGAA